GGAGAAAGCAUUCUUAGACCAAUAAUUGCUCGACUUCCCAAGCCCACGAAAACUCUCCGUUCCGCGACGCUUCCACGAGAGUCUAUCUAGCUGAGCCGCGAUGAGCACAUUUGGAAGUCCCGGUCCGUUGCCAUCGACUAAGCCCGUUCCGCCACAGAGGGGCAGUUUCCCGUUGGAUCAUGACGGGGAGUGCAAGCAUGUCAUGAUGUCCUACCUGGAUUGUAUCAAAAAGGUCAAAGGGGUGAACGAAGAACAGUGUCGCCUGUUAGCCAAGUCGUACCUGGCCUGCCGGAUGGAUCGCAACCUCAUGGCCAGGGACGAUUUCAAGAACUUGGGAUUUAAGGAAGAGAGCCAACAGCCUAAGCAGAGCGAGAUCGGCGAAACAGGGGUUAAAGGCGAACUCAGGUGGUAGAGAGGUAGCCUACUUGUAAUAUUACCCAGGUACUGUACAUACAUAUAUGCAUACCGUAUAGCAACACUGCUCAUCAAUCCGUACGCUAAUACGUGUACCAA